AUGGCAACGACAACGGAAACCCUACAAAGGCCCUCGGAGACUCAGGACAAUGGAUUUGAGAGCAAACUACGAGAUCUUCUAUCCCACACCAGGAAAGUAGACUUAUCUACUCUCAGCCUCAGCCCCACGAAGGCUUCCAACGCCAUCCCCGGCAUCCUGUUACGCUACUCUGACGCUCUGAGAGGUGCGCAUCAAGCGUCCGAGGCCGAAGCGCUGGACCAGGUCCGCGAGAAAGCGGUCGACAGGAAAGCUUUCGGCGGGCUAGGCCUGCACGACGACAACGAGGCUACGCCUGCUCAGCAAUCAGAGGUGCUCUUCCAGGUGGAGGCGUGGCUAGAAGCCGUCAACUCCAGGGAAAGGGCAAAGAACUUUUUGUCGUAUCAGUCCGCGCCAGCGGAAGGGACAAGGCCCAUGAAUCUGGCCCAGAAGAUCUUCACCCAGCAUGUGAUUGGAGAGAAACCUGCCAAAGGGUUGGCGGCCGGCGACGUCAUCAGGAUUGGAAUCGACUGGAUUCUGGCGUCGGAAUUGUCCUGGCAGGGAAUGGUCCGGACGUGGAGACAACUGGGUUCUCCAGGAAUCUGGCGUAAUGAUCGUUUCUGGCUGGCUGGCGACCAUGUCGUCCACCCGGCCGUGGCACAGGUUCCCAAGAUCAAAGCCAUGGUGGAGGUCGCCGAGAAGGCAAAGAACGAGUUCAAGAUGACCGAGUACCAAGGCAUGAACUACACCAUCAUGCACACGGAGUUCGUUCGAGAACGUGUCGAACCGGGAAUGCUCGCAAUUGGUUCUGACUCGCACACUUGUUCUGGCGGAGCCGUGGGCUGCUUGUCCAUCGGACUCGGCACCGCGGAUGUGAUGAUGACCCUGGCGUUGGGCGAGACGUGGUUCAAGAUUCCCGAGUCGAUCCUCAUUGAUUUCAUCGGCCAGCCUGCCUUUGGCAUGUCUGGGAAGGACGUCAUCCUUUACAUCCUCGGCGAACUCAAGCGGAACACCGUCGCCGCGGAGCGGAUCGUCGAGUUCAGCGGUGAAGGGCUGAAGUACCUGUCGGUUGACGCCCGGUUCGCCAUCGCCAACAUGUGCACCGAGUUUGGCGCCAUUACAGGGAUUUUUGUGCCGGAUCGUAUCACCAGCGAUUACAUUGCACGGCGACGAAGGAAAGCGAAUCGUGUCAACUCGCUCUAUUUCCGACCAGACCCUGACGCCGAGUACGCAGGGAGAUAUACCAUCGACCUGUCCAAGGUUGAGUCCUCUGUCGCCGUCUACCCGAAUCCAGACGACGUGGUCCCCGUCUCGCAGAUGGCCGAGAAGCCCCUCGACGGAAUCUUCAUUGGCGCUUGCACGACCACCGAAGAAGAAUUGGUCCUAGCGGCGCUCGUGCUUAAGGUCGGUCUGGACAAGAAAUUGCCAAUGGCCAAGGGAAAAAGACAUUAUGUGCCAGGGUCGCUACCCAUUGUCGAAAAGCUGAAGGACCUGAAGCUCCUCGAGAUAUACGAGGCCGCGGGAUUCACUCGUGGUCCCCCAGGCUGUUCUUACUGUGUUGGUCUCUCCGCCGAGCACGCCGACGAGGGUGAGACGUGGUUGAGCUCGCAAAAUCGCAAUUUCCAAAACCGCAUGGGCAAGGGCGCAUUCGGCCAUAUCACGUCCGCUAUAGUUUGUGCAGCCUCGAGCUUCAGCAUGACCAUCACCAGUCCCGCGGACUUCCUCAAAGAGCUAGACAUGGAUUUCUUCAGACGAUACCGUCCUCUCCCUGAUGUCAAUAUGGCCCCGGUGGAAUACGUCGAACCCGACCUCAGCAGCUCGAGCGGCGGCAGCGAUAACGACAACAGCACCGCCAGCACCGCCAGCACGAUCAAUCCGUCACGAGACGCGGAAGACAAGCCGCUAGAGGAGCUCAAAAAAAUCACAAGCAAGAUCGUCACUCUGGGCGACUUCAUCGACACGGAUGCGCUGGCUCCAGGCUCCACUCUGACUACGUGCGUGACCGACGAAGAGUUCGGAGAGCACGUUCUCGAGCACACACAUCCAGACUUCCGGGCCAAAGUGCGGGGAGGGCAACAGGUCGUGGUAGCAGGGCGUGCGUUUGGGGUCGGAUCGAGCCGCGAGAUGGCUGUGGGUGCUUUGAAAGGGGUGGGCGUCAAGGCCGUCAUUGCCCGCUCGUUCGCGUUCAUCUACGGCCGCAACCAGCCCAGCCUGGGGCUUUUAGGCGUCACGAUGACGGACGAGGCCUUCUACGAGGCUGCGCGGGAAGGCGAGGAGAUCACGCUAGACAUCCCUGCUCGGACCAUCACGGUGGGCGGCACCAAGACAUUCCCAUUCACGUUGUCCGAGAUGGAAUAUAACUUGACCAUCAACAACGGCGUGGCGGAGAGUUAUCGGAGGUUUGGGAAGGUCAUCUGGGAGAAGUUCACGGGGGCGGGCAAGAAGGAGGAUGUCAAGACAUCGAUAGUUACGGCUGCGUUGGAGGGGGGCGGGGAGGGAGGGAAGAUAGGGGACAAGAAACUAGACUGGUAA